AUGAUGCAGGCUUGCUCUUCCAGGACGGUGCUCUCCCGCGCGGCCUGCCCCUCGCGCGUCGUCGUGGUCGCGGCGCCGCGGUUUCGAACGCUCGCCACCACCACCACCACCACUACUCAUCCAGUCGUUGGCACGUCCCGCAGUCACAAGGUCGUCAUUGUCGGGGCCGGCGCGGCCGGCGCCAGCGUGAGCCACCAGCUCCUGCGCUCAGGGCGCUACGCGCGCGGCGACAUUGCCGUCGUCGACCCGGCGCCGUGGCACCACUACCAGCCCGGCUGGACGCUCGUCGGCGGGGGUCUCGCUCGCAAGCAGGACCUGCGGCUGCGGACGGCCGACGUGCUGGACCCAAAGCUCACGCUGUACGACGAGGCUGUCCGGGAUUUCCAGCCCGCGGACAGCGCGGUGACGCUGGCGAUGACGGGGCAGACGCUGCGGUACGAGCAGCUCGUCGUGUGUCCGGGCAUCCACAUUGACUAUGCUAGCAUCAAGGGGUUGCCGGAGGCGUUGGCGGACCCGGGCGCGCCGGUGUCGACGGUGUAUGGGUACGAGGGCGCGGACAAGGUGUUUGGGACGGUGGAGGGGCUGAAGAAGGGAAGGGCGCUGUUUACGCAGCCAAAGGGCCUAAUCAAGUGCGCGGGGGCGCCGCAAAAGGUCAUGUGGCUGGCGCUGGAUCACUGGAAGCGCGCGGGAAGGUACCGGCCCGGCAUUAGCGGCGACGGCGAUGAGGGGGAGGGCGCGGGCGUGGGCGUGACGUUUGCGACGGCGGCGCCGGCCAUGUUUGGCGUGCCCAAGUACAGCGCGGCGCUCGAGGCGCUGCGGGUGGCGCGCGGCGUCGAGGGUUUGUUUGGGCACGACCUGGUCGAGGUGGACGGCGACGUGGCCGUCUUUGCGCGCGAGGCGGCGGCGGCCGACGGCGGGACAAGCACGACGACGAUUCGCCGGCGCUUCGACCUGCUGCACGCGGUGCCCAAGAUGGGUCCGCACGCGUUUGUUGCGCGAAGCCCGCUCGCCGAUGCGGCGACGGGCCUGGUGGACGUGGACGCGGCGACGCUGCGGCACAAGAAGCACGGCAACGUGUGGGCGCUGGGCGAUGCGGCGGGGCUGCCGACGGCUAAGACGGCGGCGGCGGUGACGGCGCAGGCGCCGGUGCUCGUGGCCAACUUGUUGGCCGUGGCGGAGCAAGGGAGAAAGGAGGAGAGGGAGGAGAAGAAGGAUGAAGAGGAGGGGCCGCUGCCGGCGACGUAUGAUGGAUACACGUCGUGCCCGCUGACGACAGAGUAUGGCAAAGUGCUGCUGGCCGAGUUCAAGUAUGGCGGUGAACCAAAGGAGACGUUUGCGAGGCUGGGCGUGGACCAGGCGGUGCCGAAUAGGCUGUUUUACCACCUGAAGAAGGACUUCUUUCCGUGGGUGUACAAGAAGCACAUGAUCAAGGGAACUUGGGGCGGUCCAAAGGGCUUUCUCCGGUAG